CUACAACAACAUAUGUAACUCAAAACACAAAAAGAUUCUUUCCUUCUCGUAAAAGAAAGAAACAAAAACAGAAAACACAAAAGGCAUUCGUCAGCUUUAUUACAAAACACCAUCACUUCUUCUUAAUCUUUCUUUCUUUCUUUGUCUGAGUCCCAAGAAUGGAAGACUUCAGAUCCAGAUCGUACGGUGACGGAAGAACGUCAGACCUUCAAGUACAAUACUCAGGCCACGGCCGGCGAUCUGACGGACCAGAUUCAUUCAGUGGUAACGGUGGUAUGCAAGAUUUUAGGUCUUACAGCACUUCCUACACGGAGUACCCGACCAGGAUACCCGAAGACCCGACGACGAAUCAGAAGAAAGGAAGAUCAUCAUCAUCUUCAUCGUCUUCUUGGGGUGGUUUUGUGGAUCCAGAUUUACAGAGGAAGAAGAGAGUUGUGAGUUACAGAGCUUAUACUGUUGAAGGUAAGCUUAAAGGCUCUUUCAGGAAAAGCUUCAAAUGGAUCAAAGAUAAAUGCAACAAAUUGCUUAAUUAAAUUCAAGCCAAUGUGCAUGC